AUGGAAAGAAUGUCAAAUGAAGUCGGUCCUGUCAACGAAUCAAUACAAGAGAUUAACGAAAAUUCCUGGGUUAUUGGGAACAGAAUCCUUCUCUCUCGACAACGCUCCCCUUCAUCCAAUUAUACAUGGAGUGAUGGUAAAGGUUUAUUUUACGUCAUUUCCGAAGCCCCAUACCCACUACCAGCACCUCGACCCCUGCCAGCGACGACCCAUAUCGAGAUGGUCUAUGAUGCUGGUGGGGUAUCCGCCGUGUGGAGUAUUUGCGACGCCUUGUGCAAAGUCAAAAUCCUGGAUCCUAAUGCUACACGAGAACACAUUACGUUAGACUAUCUUCACAAGAAAAAUGCCCUCAGCUUUGCAAUUCCAGAUGUUUUUUACCAUGCAGAGUAUGAUGGUCGAUACUAUAUCAUUCUGAGUAGAUUGGCUGGGCAAACUCUUAAUGAGGCAUGGCCUAAUAUCGGCGAGACGAUGAAGCAACACUAUGUUUCUCGAGUGGCGGAUAUCUGCAAGGAGCUGGCAGUAUGGCAGAGCGAUGGAAUCAGCGGCGUCGAUGGCCAGCACCUGUCGGAUCGAUUUCUGACUCGGCUUCAGUUACACAAGGAUUGUAGCCCUCAAAACCUGUUGAAUAAUUGCAAGGAUCUAGAAAUGGAUUGUUCGACAUUUGUUUUCUAUCACUGCGACUUGGGGCCUGGGAAUAUCAUUGUGAAUCCCGUAGAAUGGUCGAUGGGAAUUAUUGACUGGGAAACUGCCGGGUUUGUUCCCAAAGAAUGGAUAAGGACAAAGUUUUGUAUCUCAAGCGGGAUGGACCUACCAGGUACUGACCGAGAAUCCAGAGUGGAUUGGAGAAGGAGGGUUUUCCUGAGAUUGCAGACCGGUGGAUGA